GGGCGGGACAAAUCAGCUGCGUCAUUACAUGGUGAAGUCACGUAGUAUCCGGUAUACUUACUUUCUCCGUUUUGAAACGCAGUUAUUUAAACACAACACCCAACAACUCACAUACACGAAUAACAUUUUGGAGUUUUUUUGCUGUUGCAAAAAGUAAAAAGCUUCGAAGGGUCUCCCAUCAGGAGGCAGCUCAACCGCCCCCACGGAGAUCUCGCUCAGUGGGCUGGAAUCUUCCACGCAGGAACACGACCAGCGAGGAGGAAUGGAAGUGGACUACCAGCCCGAGGACUCUAUGGUGUCUGCAUUCGAAGACGACUGCGUGGUGCUCUGCGACGUCAAGGACAUGAGACUGGAGGCGGAGGCAGUGGUCAACGAUGUCCUUUUCGCUGUGACCCAAAUGCAGGUGUCUAAAAACCUCAGCAGUACAUCAGAAGUGGCCUAUAUAAAUGUGGAAACUAGAGAGGGGAACCGCUAUUGUCUGGAGCUCACGGAAGCAGGACUGAGGGUGGUGGGCUAUGCUUUUAACCAAGUGGACGAGGACCUGAACACUCAGUAUCACGAGACAGUUUACUCACUACUGGACACGCUGAGUCCAGGAUACAGGGAAGCCUUCGGGAAUGCUUUGCUUCAGCGGCUAGAAAGCCUCAAGCAAAACGGACAGUGAUUGUGCCAACAAAGCUGCCACCAUGUUUGGUCACAUCCAUUAUACAAUGGAAUGUCCACCCACCAUUUUGCUAUAAUACGGGGUGUUAUCUCCAUCACCUCUGCUUUGUUCCAUAUCAUCCAAUGACUCCAAGGUAGUUCAUUCCUGACUGGUUGCUUGGCCUUGAUUGCAACAUUCUGCUGUUGACCUUGCUGCGGAAAAAUAUUCCAGCUCAGCUCAUGCUGCGUAUUUCUAACCGUGUGCAAGAUUUCUGCAUCUUUUAUAUGACUGCUUUCAUUUAACUGCGCUGAAGCUGUGACGUGGUGACUGACAUCUGUUCAACUUCCCAAAAUAGUUUAAGGGCCAAAGCUUGUUCUCCAUACAAAUAUUCUGCCUUAAUGACUGUUUGGUUAGAUAAGUACAACAUACCUCUUUAUCUACUUGAUUGAAAAAGAUAGAAAAUACAUUUCAACUUAUAAUGAAGCUAGUCUGAAGUUGAUCUGCAUAGCACAAUGCAUUGAAUGACCACAAUUUGGCUUUUUAUGGUAAAAUUUAACCACAGUGGAUUUUUUUUUGGUUUUAAGUUCAAGCCAAACUUUCUUGUGCGGAGUCAGGAUGUUGCAUUUUUUCCUGUCAUUCUUUGCUGCUGGCCUUUCUGCAGACCAAUAAAGUUUCAGAAUGA